AUGAAAUAUGAUCAUAAGGCGCCAAAAAAGUCCUAUGAGAACGAUGGUAGAUUUGAAAAUGCUUUUAUACAUAGAGUAAAAGCGCCUUGAACUUCUUGAUCAACAUUGCUAUAGACAUGUGGUGUCGUUUCAGUAGAAGCAAUCGUUUUUCUCUGUCGUUUUCACCGUGAGGACUGAACGACGAAUAAAAUGCCUGAGAAUUCUAAGACAGCUAAGCGCACGAAGAAAGUCGCUGAGAAGCUUGGGCCGGGCGCGUCAACGACGAUGAAAAAAAUGGUGAUUCGCAUGACCGCUUGCGAACUACGGGCGGCCAAAAAAGCAAAGCGUCAAAGCGAUAAGAAGCAGGUAAAAGGUGGAAGACGAGCAUUAUUAGGGCAAACAACGAAAAUAAGAGCAGGUGUCGUUGAGCAAAGAUUACUGUGGAUCGCCGUCUUUUGAGACGAUGAGCCAAGUACCGCGACAAGACUAGUUCUUGAUGUGAAAGGGUGAUCGUAAUGAAAACUAGAGGGGAUUGGAGAUCAUGUUGCUCUAGUACUUCUUGUGAAUUCACUUCACUUUCAUGUUCAUUACGUGCUUCCUCGACGUCGAGUGAGUCUAGGUGGAGUAAACACAGCAGUAGCAAAGCGUCAUCUUCAGCGGCCGCUUCAUCCUUGGACGAUUCGGACGAGGAAGAUGCGCGUUUGAAAUGGAUCGCACUGGAGAGCAACCCUCUGGCUUUCACCAAAUUCAUGCACCAAAUAGGAGCAUCGAAGCAAUUCGCAGUGCAUGACGUCUUCGGCUUCGACUCUGACGGUUUCGCGCAUCUUCCGGCUCCGGUGAAAGCGCUGAUCCUCCUUUAUCCAAUCGCGAACGACGAGGGUGGGUCGCUCAUGCCGACGGUAGGGAGACGGCGUAAUUUUUUUCCUUUCUAUUUUGUGUCAGGCCUCGUCAAACAGCACGUGCGCUGACUUGAGUAGGUGAAGCCGGUACCCAAGGAGACAUCGCUUCCUACCUUGUUGAUGUUCAGACAAACUGAUAAUGGAGUGAGGUAAGUAACGGGCUUCGGGUUGCCCGAGUUGCCACGGGAUGCUCGAGCUGCUGAGGUGAAGGGUUUCCAACUCUGGAACGAGUUGCAACGAGUUGCCAGAAGAAGCCUGGCCCAUCAAAAUGGGCGAAGCGGGGCGUUGUGGGCGCAAAAGUGCUCGCUCGGCAUGCGGGGGGCCGCCUUCGGGACCUACUCCGAAAAAGAAGGCGGGGGAGGCGCUGCCCCCUACUGGUACUGUUUGGGGUCGAUAUCGGCGCGCCGCUCCCCACUCAGUGGCGGAUGGCAAGUGCUUCGCCCCCCCUGUGGUGCGGGUGCAGAGGUUCUAGUCGGGGCCGGGUUUUCGCCCCGCCGUGUUGCGGUGUGAGUGUGUGAGGAGUUCUCGCCGGGUUGGGUUUGUAGCUGGCUUACGGCUGAAGGAUGCGGCGGCGACAUUCGACAAAGAGGAAAACGCGGCGAAGGCUAAUGUGGGGGCGGGUAGCGGUGGGCUUGGUUUCACACUAGUUCGCAGCUGGGUGGGCUGGUGUGGUACAUGCCACACCCCCCAGGUCCUCCGCGUUGGGUUUUUUGCAAUCAUCUGACUGCCCUCGCUUGGUUGUCUUCCCGUUGUGAAUGCCCCUCCUACCGGCCUGGUGGGGCGUUCUUGGCCUCUACUUCAACACCUCAGCAAGGGUGCGCCCGCAGGACCCAGCGAAAAAAUUAUCAUGGGCAACCCGAGCAACCUGAGAAACUCGGCCCGAUAUGUUUCAAGGAAAACAGUAACUCUAUGAUAGUUCCAGCAUUAUCUAGCUACACAGUGUCAGUAGCGUGGCUUGUGCAUAUCCUUCCCAGGUGAUGUAGUGCUCAGGAAGCAGAAGAUAGCGGACUCUAACGCAUGGCGGCAAUGUCAAAUAUAGGUGUGAAAGUCGCAGACGAGGCUCCUUUCUUUCUGUGGCAAGGCAAAGAGCUUGGAAACGCAUGUGGGGCCAUAGCGCUGAUUCAUGCGAUCGCGAAUUGCGGCAUACCAGUUCGCAAGAACUCGGUGCUGCAGAAAUUUCUGGCGCAAGCUGGAGGCUUGACACCGGAGGAGCGCGGUCAGCUGCUCGAAAAGGACGAAGGACUGAUGGAAAAAGCGGAAGAAGUAGCUUGCGAUGAGGAGUGCAAUCAGACGGAUUGGUGUAAUUGGGGCGAUGAAGAUGAAUCCGAGGAUGAGGACGGGAAUGAAGAAGAUGAUGACCUGGAUCCAUCACUAGACACAGACUUUCACUUCGUUUGUUUUGUGGAGAAAGAUUCUGUCAUUUACGAGCUCGAUGGGUGCAGAAACGCGCCGUUGAAAGUCGGAAAGUUGCCAGAUGCAGGAGCAAGUGACACUGAAUCAGGGAGGACAGAAUCAUCAUUCGCAUUUCCCAUUGAAUGCGGCAAGAUCAUUCGAAAACGCUUUAUAGAUCGCGCGCCAGAGUCAGUACAGUUCGCGACACUUGCUGUUGCUGGCAAGCAGAACAAGUAA